AUGUAUUAUUUAUGCAAUAUUGUACAUAUUCUUUCGUUGAUUAUUUCAAUAACGAGAGCCAAACAAAUUCCCUUAAUUGGUCUGUUUACCCGAGAACAUCCAAAUAAGAAUUAUUCAUCUUCAUCAAUUAUUGAUUACGCAUUAACUCGUUUGAAAUCGAUUGAUACUAUUCAUACUGAACUCGAUAUCCAGCGGCAUGAGCAAGACAUUCCAUGUGAUAUGGCCAUUGGCACCAAACUGAUCUUCGAUAUGAUCCAACGAAAGCCAAGACCCUUAGCAAUCUUCAGUGGAUCAUGUCAGACGGUGGCAUCAGCCAUUGCAGAAACUGCUGGCAUAUUGGAUAUGACCAUUAUUAUCUAUUCCGAGACGAGCUCGCUUUUUACUGCGCGAGAGAAGUAUCCAUCAUUAAUUCGAACCGUUCCCGCUCGAAAGUUAUUAUUGAGGAAAUAUCAUUGGCGGCGAUUUGGAAUCUUAUAUCAAUAUGAAAGGCAAUAUACGAUGCCUGUAACCAGAUUCAAUGAUCUUCUACAAGAUGAAAACGAUUGGGAGAAUGCUCUGUCGAAAGGCAUUUCUUUCAAAGAUCUCGAUGAAACUCAAAUCAAUCGAACACGAAAUUCUUUAAAGGAUGCAUUUGAUGAACUGAAGAAAAAUAAUAUUCGGAUUAUUCUCGGCAAUUUCAACUCAACAAUGGCCGUUCGAAUAUUUUGCGAGGCAUUUCGUUACGAUCUUUAUGGCGCACGUUUUCAAUGGAUUAUCGUCGGUUACUACGAGUCGAACUGGUGGUUGAACAAUGCCAGUCCGUGCAACACGUCCGAAAUUCUUCAGGCAUUGAAUGGCACACUUCAAACUCGCGUGCCACAGCUUGGAUAUAAUACGAGAAUGCGAACUAUGGCUGAUAUCACAUUGGAUCAGUUUAAAUUUGAUUUGACCACACUUCAAACAUCGGAUUAUUUCGUGGGCUAUGCAUUUGAUGCCGUGUUAACUUUAACAGCAGCAUUUGAAAAGUUGCAUUCGUGCCCAAAUCAGUUUGAUAUCGAUGCUAUCUGGCGUCAGGAAUGUUGGCGGCAUGAAUUGAUCAGCAUCAUUCAAACCAUUGAUAUCGAAGGCGUGACAGGACGUGUGCGUUUUCAUAACGGUGAUCGAAUCGGUGAAAUCGUCGUAGAACAGUUUACAGUCUCUUCUAGUGAAAAAUCACCCAGGGUCGAUAUUGUCAAAUUAUUUGUAGCAUUACCCAACAAUCAAUCAAAAUAUAUUCUCGUAUCCGCCAGCAAUGAGAGAAAUAUCACAUGGCAUGGUCAAGGACCACCAAAUGAUCGUAUCAAACGAAUCAACCGUGAUCAACGUAUAUCGAUAUUAACUUACACUAUCAUUGGAAGUAUUAGCGGAGUGGGAAUUUUCUUAGCUCUGGGAUUUUUUGCGUUUAAUAUUAUCUUUCGCGAACAUCGAUUCAUCCGAAUGUCGAGUCCUCAAAUAAAUAAUUUAAUUAUCGCCGGUUGUAUAUUGUCUUACAUCAGUGUUCUUCUCAUGGGCGUCGAUUCCAGUCUCCUGGGCAUGCAGAAUUCACAAGCAGCGAUGAAUUUCAUAUGUGCAGCUCGCAUCUGGACGUUGUCCAUUGGUUUUACAAUCUCCUUCGGAGCUAUAUUCAGUAAAACAUGGCGUGUUCAUUCGAUCUUCACAAAUGUUCAUGCGUCCAAACGAGCAAUUAAAGAUUGUCGUUUGUUUAUUUUUGUGGGACUUCUUCUUGCUCUUGACACUAUUCUCUUAGCAUCAUGGCAAAUCGUUGAUCCAUUGAAAAUCAUCCAUCAUAGCAGUCAAAUACAAACGAAGGAUGAAGAUAUUGUUAUUCUUUGGAACUUUGAAGAAUGUUUAUCAAAACGUCGUUCACUUUGGUUUACAAUGCAAUCUAUAUAUAAAGGUGUACUAAUGGUUGUUGGCUCACAUUUUGCAUGGGCAACACGAAAUGUUCAUAUCAGCGCAUUAAACGAUUCCACUUACGUUGGCAUGAGUCUUUAUAAUGUUGUUCUUUUAAGUACAACAACAGCUGUCGUAGGUUAUUUCUUACGUGAUCAACACGAACGAUCUUAUAUCUUAACAUCAAUAUUUAUUUUACUCUGUGUUACGAUAACGUUAUGUCUUGUCUUUGUGCCAAAAGUUCUCGAGGUAGCCAAAGAUCCACGUUCCAGAGCAAGGCCACCACGUGCAACGUUAAUUAAAAGUAAAUCGAAAGCACCCAAUAAUCCCGAACAUACCAAACUCCUGACACAAAUUAAAACACUGACAAAACAGAAUGAAAUCUUACGUUCAAGCGCUACGAAAUGUGACGAAUUGAUCGAUCAUUUGCUAUCUGCUCUUGAAAAUACUAAUGGAAAAUUCUAUCAGUAUGAAGUAUUCCUACCUUCGUUUGCAAAUAGUACGACAGAUAUGUCGUAUAGUAAUUUGAUCUUACUAUGUUUUAUUUCGUUUCUUAUAUUAAUAAAUGCGCAAUACGAUGAUGAAAAAGAUUUACCACAAGAAACGUACGAACCAAUUCGAAGUUCGAAGUCAUCAUUCGAUGCGCAUUUUCAACGUGGUCAAUGUCCAUAUCGUUCCUAUCAGAUCAAUAAUGAAUGUGUAUACUUUUCGACGGAAGGACCCAUUUACGCAUGGCAUCAAGCUCAACGUUUAUGUGCACGGCAGAUACGACGUUUGUUAGAGCAACACACAUUCUCUGUGAUCAAUCAAAAUCGUACGAAGCCGAUUGCAAAUGUACGACAAUUGAUUCUAAAUACUCCAGAAAAGACGAAAAUUCUACAAGCACUCUUUCGAGAUUAUGAUGAACUUCAUUAUGCAGUUCAAUUACCAUCUGAUUAUAAUACGUUACAACGAUGUAAUGAUGGCAAAGAAGAUUAUUGGCCUCAGUAUUGUGUCAAUCAAAACAACACGUCGAAUAGCACGUGCUUCGAAGCAAAUGACAGUGGUGGAAAUCAUAUUUGCAUACAUCAAAUUGAUUGUUAUGAACGAAAUUUUCGACUCGCAUGUGAAUUUACAUUACCAGGAAAUGCGCAAUUGACUUCAUCUACAUUUCGUCACUGUCCAAAAAUUCGCGGCUUUCGACAUCGAUUGACCGUAUGGGCAUGGCUGUUAGUUGCAGUCGGUGGCAUGCUUUUGCUUUUACUCAUCCUCGGUGGUAUUUUAGCAUUUAUUCGUAAUUCAAAAAAAGGCUCCGUUGAUAUCAAACAGCCUACACUUGAACGUCGUCUUACGGGUGAACGAACUGUCAGUAUACGGUCAGGCCGUGAAGAUCCAACUGCCGAGCCGAUGCUCGUUCGAGCUACUCCAUUAAAUGGAUUUGAUACCAACGAUCAUCAACUAGCCAAAUCCUUGAAACGUGCUGCUCCCUCGACAGUAUCAACAAGCAUAAGCGUCAGACAAGAUCCUAACACUCCAAAUGUUUGA